AUGCCAAAGUGUCCAAAGUGCCAAAAGGAGGUAUAUUUUGGUAAGUACACUGCUAAUACCCUCAUUGAGACAGAGAAUUUUUAUUAAACGUUUUGAUUAAAUAUAUCGUUUUGCGAAUGAAUGAGCGAAACACUAUGCGCGCCACGUGGAGAAGCAAAUCAAGAUUUAAUUUCACUUUGCAUGCCCUACAAGGUGCUCUAAAUUCAGGCUUCGUUUGGCGCAAACUAGGUGCUUUUAGCGAGGUAACUGAAAGUGUAAUUUGUGAGGCGAAGACACCUGAAGCGUAAGACUCAGCCCUACUAAUGCUUGGCUGAUUAUUGAGCUGAAAUAAUAGGAAAUAUUCAGCUAUUCGUCUCAGAUUUUCUUGCAAAAAAUUCGAAGUUGAUUUUGCAAAUUAAUAUUCCGGAGAUAAUAUAUCGAAUUUAAUUAACCCGCAACGCCGGGAGUAGUCGGAGAUGAUAGCUUGACCAUGACCUUCUUAAAUAUCCAUUGCUAUGCAAGCGCAUUAUACUAGAUUUACGAGAGAGUCAGUUUUUCUAGGUCGACCAUCUCCAAGUCAAGUGCUUGUCAUUCAGGUAAUAUUUCACUUUGUUUCAGCCGAGAAGGUCACUUCUUUGGGCAAAGAUUGGCACAGACCCUGUCUUCGAUGCGAAAAAUGCAACAAGACGCUUUCCUCAGGGAGUCACGCCGAGGUAGGAUCCGUCCUGGAUAACUGUUGGACAGACGUUUAGUUUUCCUCUCUUUUCUUAAAAGAUUUGAAAUGACUUUGUGAAGUGAGACUGGUAUUUAGAGAAUGAAUUAAAAAUACAUCAAAAUUAAUGACAUCAGGAACACAGAACAUGCUGGAAAAUUAAUCCGCUGGCUUCGCUGUACUUCUUGAAGAAAAGAAGCUGUAGGGAAGAAUUUAUGUUUUUAAAAUUGUUUAAUUCGUCAGGUGUUCUGCGUUGAAGAAAAAAAAUAGUGAAAAAGAGCUGUCUUUUCUCUAGAAUAUUUGUUUUCACUUGUAGCCCUGAGACACUCCCGCAAGUUUGACCUCCUUUUCAAAAAAGACAAUAUAAAGGUGACAAAGCCAAGUUUUCAUUCACAUGACGUCUUAGAAAUUUUUAACGGUAUAUUGUUCCAAAACAAAUAACGACAAUAACGCUGUCGUAAGGUUAAUUGCUACCUCUAGAACCAACUCUGUACAAAUAUUCUUGAAUAUUUUAGAAUAAAAUCGGCAAACAAACCGCAGCUGAACAGAGCACCCCACAAAUUAUAAUUUCAGUAGAAUUUCUUCACAACGGAGGCAUUUUCGUCUAGAAAAAUCUUUCUAUCUAAGUAUCUAUCUACCAUUAUUUGCAUCCAUGACAAUAACAUAUUAUCUCCUUUAAACUAUUGUAGCAUCGUAGUUUAGUUCGGCAUGGACCCCGAGUUUCCGAAAUUAGUUCAACUACUCGGUACAUACUAGGUUGUAACUAAAUUCGAGGGUUAAGGAAUACUUCAGUUUUAACCCCCUCUCGAUACUGUUCAUGAAAUGCUAUGACAACUUGUCUCCUAAAAUUGUUAAAAUUUCUAAAAUUGAAAUCGGAAGACAAAAAAUUAAAGAGGUUAUUUCUAUCUUAUUUUAACGGUCGAUCGAUAGCACUGACAGUCGUCUAAAUCUGGACUAGCCUAGAGACAAUAGUUAGCCGAGAAAGCUGUUUUGUUCCAGGACUCAUCAAGGUAUGGCGAGAAGACCCUUGGGACGAGGCUUUUACUCUCGUUGAGAAAGAGGCUAGGUGCAAAUGGCCAUAUUAAACAUGGCAUUGCAAGUCAUCUAAACAAUAAAACCAUCCGCUCAGCCGCGAGCAGAAUCAGUUUGUUAUUGAAACACUUGCGUACUGUCAUUCAGCAAGGGUCGGCUGAAGGGUCCAAGUGAUUAACCACUUCAGUCAAGUUUUGCUCCGUUUAUAUAAAAGCUUCCUUAAAAUGUCUCGUUAUUUAAGAGGAAGUCUACAAAGUUUCAACUUGAUUUUAAGUUCAAGCCUUGUCCUAAACCAUUAGUAAGCGCAAGAUGUUGUUUGCGCAUGCCUUCUUUUUUGAAACCGUCUUUUGGUUUUGGCUCUUUUGGUCGGCGAAACGGCGGAGUGACCACGGAUGAAGCCCGGGAUGAAGCCGAGGGAAACGGAGACGAGAAAGCUGGGGUGACAUUCGCGUUUGCGUUUAGUAUUUGCAGGUCGGCGAGUAGAGGACCAAAUACAACAAGUUUGUUUUAACCAUUUUAUCCUUUCCAAAACUCCUAACCAACGAGACCGCAUAGCAAUACGAUGAAUUUCAUGUAAAAACUUUACCAAACUCAGACAUGAAGGAACUCUUUGACGCUUUAUACCCAUUCUAGCGAACUGACAACGGAGACGUUAUGACCGAAUUACAAACGAUUGAUAGAAAGAUCUUACUGUCCUGAGUUCGCGUGGAAACGGCUGUAUAAGAUACAGAUUUAGCCAAGGCUAAAAUCGAAGCUUUCGUGUUUGAAGUAAAGUUUUCUGAGCCCGCGAUUGCUUGAAUACAGUCAACUCUCCUUGGUGCCCGGAAAAGUGGCCGCUUACGGGAGAUGGUCGCUGGGGUGUCUAGAAAAAACAGACCUUGAAAACGCAGACCGCGCUUGAAGGAAUUUGGGCGCAAGAGAGAACGGGCGCGCGGGCGUGUCUCCCUAGCGCGCUUCGUUCUUUCCUGCGCCCAUUACUUCCAAGCGCCUGCUACGCUAGUCUGAAAUUUCAUACGUCUCCACCCCCUUAUCCGUGGGGGGCCACGGAUUAUGGGGUGGAGAUGUAUGACAUUUCAGACUAGUCGCUUAUGGGUAAACGUGGCAAAAUAAGCUCAAACUUAGUUGAUUAACGUAAUUAGAUAAAGAUAAUACCUUAUAUGCUAAAAUUAGGCUAAUAGGCAACGUUUUGUCCCCCUGAAACUAAUUUGUUCUUUUCUCGAGCAACACGUACAAUACAAUUUAAAUUUUUUUCACUUAAAUUCCGUUUUAACCCGAACAAAACCUGGAAAAAAUGUGAAAUUCGAAGCAUGAGGAGCACACCCUAAAUCAGACUGCACAGAGUUUACAUUUUACAAUCAAUCGAUCGCAUUCGAAAGCUAGAAUCCAGGAAGUCUAGAAUUCUCGAUUGCUUUUGUUUUUGGUGCCUUGAUAAGUCAACCAGAAUAUCAGGCACAAAUAUCUUGAUAUCCUUGUCCUGAAUAUCAGGACAACUCGUCGCAACCCCGAUACUCGGCGACCUCUAUUUUUUUGGAAGUACCCUGUUAUUACAAUGUAUUUAUCAGCAAUCUGGGUCUGCGCUAUUAAAAACUGAACUUUUGUGGUUUUCUUACAAUCAUACCGGUAAUCAUGCCCGGUGGUCGCUUACCAAAGAAUAUGUCAAUUUCUGGCCAUAAAAGUGGUCGCGGUCGCUCAAGGAAAUCUGAGAAGUGGUCGCCUAGGAGAGAAAUUUUGAAAUAGUAUUUGAGUUUGAAACAAAACCGGUUAUUUACGAAGUGGCCUCUUACAAGAGGUGGUCGCUUACGAGAAGUGGUCGCUAUGAGAGAGAACUGACGGUACCAUGACUGGUCAGCGGAGACCGCUAUUUUCGGUCAUUAUCAACCUCCAAAUUCUUUUAUUUCAGCAUAGUGGCAAGCCGUACUGUCAUAACCCUUGUUACUCUGCGAUGUUUGGACCAGGAGGUUUUGGUCGCGGUGGAGCAGAAUCCCACAAAUAUUAA